GACACCGGUUAUACGAUAGCCGAGCUUGCAUUCCUCCUUGUCUCCUCCCGCUGGAUUCUCGAUUUUGUUUGUCUGAAGGAGACGAUGGGACGGCGAUCGUUCAUUAUUGGAGUAGGAUGCACGGCUUUCAUUAAGCCCCGUGGUUUGAGGACCACGAAUGAAAUGGGCUUGGAAGCUGCCACGAAAGCGCUGCUUGACGCCGGUAUUACAUAUGAUGCUGUCGAAGCCGCCUUCGUAGGGUACGUAUACGGCGAUUCUACCGCUGGUCAGAGCGCACUCUACCCUCUCGGGAUGACCGGCAUCCCCAUCGCGAACGUGAACAACAAUUGUUCCACCGGCAGCACCGCCCUCUUCCAGGCGAAUAACCUGGUCAAGGGUGGCCUCGUCGAGUGCGCCCUCGCCCUCGGGUUCGAGCGGAUGAACCCGGGUAGCCUGGGCACGGUGUACAAGGACCGUGAAUCCCCGACAGUGCUGUUCAAUCAGAGGUCGCAGGAGCUCGAGGAGGGCAUGAGUGCUGGCGCGAACUUUGGGCCUGGCGCACCGAGGAUGUUUGCGAAUGCUGGCCAGGAGUAUUUUGAUAAGUAUGGAGCCAAUAUUGACCAUUUGGCUCAGAUCGCGGCAAAGAAUCACAAGCACUCUACGAAUAAUCCGUAUGCACAGUUCAGGAAUGGAUGGACGAAAGAACAGGUGCUACAGGCCCCCAAGAUCACGAAGCAGCUAACGAAACUAAUGUGCAGUCCGACGUCUGACGGUGCUGCUUGUUGCAUUGUAGCAUCUGAAGACUUCGUCCACAAGCACGGAUUGGAGAACCAGGCGAUUGAAAUCGUCGGGCAGGCACUCACCACCGACUACCCCACAGCCUUUGAUACCAGAAGCGCCAUGGACGUUAUCGGCUUCGGCAUGACUAGAGCCUGCGCAGACAAGGCCUUCCAGCAAGCCGGCUUCGGGGUGGGCGAAGGCAGGGACCAGGUGGGAGUAAUUGAAGUCCACGAUUGCUUUGCCUCGAACGAGCUUAUAACAUAUGACGCCUUGCGGCUUUGUACGACCGGGGAAGCACACAAGCUUGUAGAGCGCGGAGACAAUACGUACGGCGGCAAAUGGGUUGUCAAUCCUAGUGGCGGUUUGGAAGCCAAGGGUCACCCACUGGGAGCGACGGGGCUUGGGAUGCAUUUCUACAUCACCAUGCAACUGCGUAACUGGGCAGGGCCCAUGCAGGCGCCGGGUCUGUUCGACGUCCAGGACAAGCGAGGCAAGUAUGGCAUGGUGCAUAACAUCGGUAUCGGCGGGGCAGUCGUUGUUAGUUUGCUCCGGCGACCAGAAUUCUACAAGGAGGGAGGGACCGACGGUAGACAGAGGUUGGGCUAUAACCAUGCGCAUGAGUGUAAGUCUAUCACGCGGAAAGACGUCGACAAAGUUAAGGCGAGGGAGACGUCCACCUAUGUCUUGGAACACGCAAAACUCUGAGAUUCGAUUGUUCUAUGAGGAGGGUGUGCGGAUAGCCGAGAUCGGAAGGCCUCGUUGAUGAUCUACGCUUGCAUCUGUUGUACAAUGUACCAUAGCUAAGUAUCACGCACGCAGAGGAUGCAUGCGGAAUAUACCAUCGAG